CAAUUUCCACAUUUCCACAUUUCAUAAUGCGUCAUCAUAAACUUCAAGAAUGUCUCUUACGCGUGCAGCCCCGCAACUCCACGGCGUGUUUAUCGGCAUUUAGCGCUAAUGUUCAGGCUGUGAGCUAAAAGCUACAGUUUCGCCUCAACUCCUGCCUUUCAAUUGGUGGAGAACGGUCAGCUGACGUUGUCAUAUUGUCUCUCACCGAGCCAAGCCUCGGCUAUAACACUCGCGUUUGUGCGUCUUAACCGGAGAUUGCAAAUUAAUAAAAUUGAAUCCUCAAAGAAGUAGAGCCCAGUUAGAGGAGCAGAAAGUCGAUUUAAAAAAAAAAAAAAAAAAGGAAGAAGACCUUGGGAAAGGUGUGGUUGGUUGACAGAGACGGGGGGAAGGAGAUUUACUGAGAUUGAAAAGAGACCGAUAAAGAAGUGGGGAGAGUUGGAGAGAGGGUUACAAAGCAAGGUAUGAAUUCUUAUUUCGCAAACCCGUCGCUCUCCUGCCAUUUAUCCGGUGGUCAAGACGUUUUGCCUAACGUUCCCCUAAACUCCACCACCUAUGACACAGUCAGACAUUUUUCGUCGUACGGCGCUGCUGUGACCCAGAAUCGGAUAUAUGCACCUUUCUACUCCCCUCAAGAUAACGUGGUGUUUGGAUCUGGCAGGGCGCAGUAUGAGUAUGGAUCCAACGUGUUUCUCCAGGACAAGGACGUGCUGCCCAGCUGCAGACAAACAAACAUGGGACUCAACACACAAAGCCACAUUGCUCAAGAGUACAGUUUGGAUCAAGGAAGAGCAGGAGCCCAGGAACAGAAAAGCAACAUCCCGAUCUACCCGUGGAUGCAGCGAAUGAACUCACACAGCGGAGUGGGCUACGGGACGGACAGACGCAGAGGACGUCAGAUAUACUCUCGUUACCAAACUCUGGAGCUGGAGAAGGAGUUUCAUUUCAACCGCUACCUGACCAGGCGCAGACGCAUCGAAAUCGCCAACGCGCUUUGUUUAACGGAGCGCCAGAUCAAAAUCUGGUUUCAGAACCGGCGCAUGAAGUGGAAGAAAGAGAGCAACCUGACCUCCACGGUGACUGGAAGCGAACAGACAGGAACCUCACAGGAGGAAGAGCGCAGUGGCGCGGGGGAAGAGGAGAAAAAGGAGGACAAGAAGAAAGAAUAAUCAUCAUCAAAAUAAUAAUAAUAAUUAUAAUAAAAGAUGAUGACCAUGAAAACCCAACAUAACUACCUAAAUUAAAAAAAGGACCUUAGAGCGGCUUCACUGCAUGAUGGUUCCCCCGCAGCUCUUCUAAUACAUGUCGACCACAUGAUUGUUCAGAAUAAAUCCAAAUUAUUUCAAUUUAUUUUCUUUGCAAUGUCAUGAUUGUAUUGUGAAAAUAAAAGAAUAAUUAACUCCAGUAUUGUUUCCCAUGGCAGCAGUGUAUUUAACCCCCCACAACCCCAUUCAUCACUGUGAACUCUGAUCACGUCAUAAAGGACAGUUUUGCUCAGACUUUACUGUACUUGAAACAUUCCACGGAAUGAAAAGACACUUAAAUUGAUCACAGCGUAAAUCUAGUACUUGAAUCGUCCACAUUAUAAAAGUGUGAGGCAUAAACCUGGAAGUUGCACGAGAUACAGUAUUCACAUUGACAAAACUGAAAUGCCUGUAUAUAAUCCAAACAAAAGCGAGGACUCAUUUAUCCGAAGCUUGCUAUAAAUUGCGCUUUUUGACCAUUUGGACGCGAACAGACUCCUCGUGAGACAGAUUUGUACACUAGUAACACUUCACUUUUGUUCGGGGUUAUGAAGCCAUGUUUCGUCAUAAUUGUGUAUCAUGAAAUAAAGCAUUUGUAAAAGUUUCA